CCUCCUUCUCUUCUCCUCUCUGGCCCGCCCAAAUAACACAAAAUUCCCGACUGAAUCCUGCCCGAGUCUGGGGGAACCAGGCGGCCUGGGAAGCCGCGGAGCCGACAAAGGCUAUCCCUGCAGCAUAAAUCCGCUCUCCAAUAACAAAUGCAGUGCGAAGACAAUGGAUGAAGAUGUCACCAGGCUUGCAAUACAUUCUGAAGAGCCUAAAAUAAUAUUACACGGAUCGGAUGAGGGUGGUGCUGGCGGGCAAGAGUUUGUUGUGGAACUUCAAGAGACUGUGUUGGUGUCUGAAGGCGAGGGCGAAGGCAUGGCGCUUCACAGGUUUGCUCCAGAUGAGCUAGUCAUCCAGGAUGCUGUUGAGGAUGUAGUUUCUGAGUAUGUGCACUGCGAUGAAGAUGAAGACGAUGCUGUAGAAACAUGCGUGAUGGCUUUGGAGGGCGAGGAGGAAGGUGUUGCCAUGGGAGACAUCCCAGAAGAUGGGUUGGACCCAGAGCAGCAAGAGGACGACCAGGAUGGCUGUGGAGACUAUCUUAUGAUAUCCUUGGAUGAAGCUGGUAAAAUGGUGUCUGAGGAUGGAACAGAGGUCACGGUGGAAGGAGCUGUUGAGGACCAGGAAGUGGAGAAGGAUGAGGAUGGACAGGAGGUGAUUAAGGUGUACAUUUUCAAGGCGGAUUCUGGAGAGGAUGACAUGGGAGAAUCUGUUGACAUUAGUGAUGGAGACGCAGAGAGCAUGGCACUCACAGAGACUUCAAGCCAAACUCUCAGAGAAAAACUGAUUUACAAAUCUGGAGAUUCUCUCCAUAAUCAAGGACACCAUGGUGUGGAGGAUAGUGAUGGGUGUGAAAACAGAAAUGGUGCAGCCAGUGCACUCCUGCAUAUCGAUGAGUCUGAUGGCAUCGAUGAGAUCAACAGGCAGCGCAACAAGACCAGGAGACGGUCAGAGCCGCGGCAGGUUCAGACAGCCAUUAUCAUCGGCCCAUACGGUCAGCCGCUGACAGUUUACCCCUGCAUGCUUUGUGGGAAAAAGUUCAAGUCUCGAGGCUUCCUUAAACGCCACACGAAGAACAACCAUCAGGAUGUUCUAACUAGGAAAAAGUAUCAGUGCACAGACUGUGACUUCACGACCAACAAGAAGGCCAGCCUUCACAACCACAUGGAGGUGCAUGCCCUGAGCAGCAAGGCGCCGUUUGAGUGCGAGAUGUGCGGCAAGGAGUUCCACCAACAGGGGGCGCUAUUCUCUCACAGACUGCAACACCACCACAGAGAGCCCAAAAGCCAGCCGCCACCUCCGCCGCCACCUCCUCCCACAAAAAUGCAUAAAUGCAAGUUCUGUGACUAUGAAACUGCUGAACAGGGUUUGCUCAAUCGCCACUUGCUGGCCGUCCACAGCAAAAGCUUCCCCCACAUCUGUGUCGAAUGCGGGAAAGGUUUUCGACACCCAUCCGAGUUAAAGAAGCACAUGCGCACACACACGGGCGAGAAGCCUUAUUCCUGUCUGUACUGCGACUACAAGUCGGCAGAUUCCUCUAAUCUCAAAACGCACAUCAAGACCAAACACAGCAAAGAGAUGCCGUACAAGUGCGAGCGCUGCUUUCAGACCUUUGCGGAGGAGGAGGAGCUAUUGCAACACGGUCUAACACACGAGGAGAACAAGACCCACCAAUGUGCCCACUGUGAUCACAAAAGCUCCAAUUCCAGUGACCUAAAACGCCAUAUUAUAUCCGUUCACACCAAGGACUAUCCACACAAGUGCGCCGUGUGUGGGAAAGGCUUCCACCGGCCCUCUGAACUGAAGAAGCAUUCUCUAUCCCACCGCACAAAGAAACUCCACCAGUGCCGGCACUGCAACUUCAAAAUUGCGGACCCUUUUGUUCUCAGUCGCCACAUUUUGUCUGUUCACACGAAAGAGCAGCAGGCCUCGGCGGAAAAGAGCGAGGCCAAGAGGACAGAGACGCACACUCCUGUCGUGACUCCUAAAAAGUCUGCUCCUAGCGGGUCGAGUGCCUCCGGCCCGCCCGCUAGGGUCAGCGCCGCCAGUCUAGCCAGCAGUGUGACUGUAGUUAUAGGCAAGGGUCAAAAGGAGAGAAGGAUUUACCAGUGUCAGUACUGCGACUACAGCACCGGGGACGCCUCAGGCUUCAAGCGGCACGUCAUUUCCAUUCACACGAAAGACUAUCCACACCGCUGCGAGAUCUGCUCGAAAGGCUUCAGGCGCCCCUCGGAGAAAAACCAGCAUAUCAUGCGCCACCAUAAGGACGUGGUGCAGGCGGAGUGACUCUGACCGAGCCAAAUACUGUGCCACGCUGAAGCAUCCCAAUCGCUGCGUCCGCAGCAUCCUUCACACUAAGGAAGUGUGCUGCACUUAAGGCCACUUGUCUUUUUUUUAUUUUUAUAUAUAUAUGUUCUGCUCAGUUUGAUCCUCGGCCUCAUAUGAUUACUAAUGUAUCCACGUGUACAUAAUGUUAACGCUCUAACUGAGCAGGCAGCCAAGCCCCCCCCCUCCAUAGACUUGCACCUUUAACUGCAUGUCCCUAGCUGGUGACAAUGUGCAUGGCAGAUUGUGCAGUUUGUGUUUUUGUAGAUACACAUUUUUAUCUUGCAGGUAGCAAUCAGUUCUCAGUCACUAUGGUCCUAAUUAUUUGUCUUCAAGCCGAAGUGUAAAUUUAAAAAAAAAAAAUGUUUGUCAUUUUGUUCAAAUGUACCUAUCACUGAGGUAUGGACUAGCAGCCUGUUCCCUGUAGCACUUGUAAAUUGUGUCUGUGUGAGAAUGGUUUGCGUGGACUAAAAGAAGCCUUUGGUUUUCUUCCCGACGCUCUGACUCUCGUUUUUUGUUUUGUUUCAGCACGGUGCUUUUGUUUGUCACUAAAACUGCAUGCCAGGCUGCAUGCAGACUCUUGCUACAUAUUGUCUGCAGGCGGGUGGAACCAGGUGCAAUCAUGCAGUCUACAUGUGGGUUUUCGGUCCAUCAUUGUCUGCUGCCCGACAAAAGAAAAUCUGGUGACUUUGAAACAGCUGAUUUUUGCAAUGAGGGACUUCUCUCCACCUAAUCUAUUAACAAAAC